GGCAGCUAUCUUUCCCUGGCUGGGGGGCGGAGGGGCUUGCUCUCCCUUUGCUCUUCUACCCCAAACCUCCCAGGACCCAGGAAACGGACUGGCCAACUAGACCGCUUGGAGCCCAGAGAGGAGGCAAGUGGAGAAACCCGCCCUCCCGCGUCCACGCACUCCGCCGUUUCAGUUCGUCAACCAUAGAGACGCCGCCGCCACUGCUGCCGCCGACUCCAUCCGCUGUGCCUUAGCCUGGCUCAGCUGACCCGUGUCCGCCGCCUCCGGAUCCCCGUGCCUCACUCUUAGCUCCUCAGCCCGAGCUCCAGCCACCAUGGACGUCCAUCUGCCUGGGCUCCGCGCCUGGGACGACUUCUUCCCGGGCUCCGACCGCUUCGCGCGCCCCGACUUCAAGGACAUUUCCAAAUGGAACAACCGAGUGGUCAGCAACCUGCUCUACUACCAGACCAACUACAUGGUGGUGGCGGCCCUGGUGAUCUCCAUCGUAGGGUUCCUGAGUCCUUUCAACAUGAUUCUGGGGGGCACCGUGGUGGUGCUCGUGUUCACGGGCUUCGUGUGGGCCGCCCAGAAUAAGGACUUCCUGCGCCGCCUGAAGAAGCAGUACCCCACCACCUUCGUCAUGGCCGUCAUGCUGGCCAGCUACUUCCUCAUCUCCUUCUUUGGUGGCGUCAUGGUCUUCGUGUUCGGGAUCACCUUCCCUCUGCUGCUGAUGUUCGUCCAUGCUUCUUUGAGACUUCGGAACAUCAAGAACAAACUGGAGAACAAAAUGGAAGGGGUGGGCCUGAAGAAGACCCCGAUGGGCAUCAUCCUUGAUGCGCUGGAGCAGCAGGAAGACAGCUUGAACAAGUUCGCCGAUUUUAUCAGCAAAGGGAAAGAAUAAGCGUCUGCAGCCUAGCGACCAUCGGAUCAGUGGCAGGAAUAGGUUUUCUUUUCCUUUGCUCCUGUCCAGAGUUCACUUCUUGUUUGUGUGUGUGAAAUGUGCGGGGCCCAUCGGGAGAGCCCCCCGAGGCUUCUCUCUGUGGCAAGGUGCAGGCAGGCCUGAGAGGAGGAGACCCCAACCCAAAGUCACCCACCUUCCUACCGAGACCUUCUUAGUCCUCUAGUCUGUACUUGUUUAGACAAACGGAGCAAAAUCUGUGUUUCUUCAAGGGGGUAGAAUGACCCUUGAGUCUUUGUUAUAAUGAGCAUAUUUCUAAGUAUCGAUCAGUGUUAAUAUUGUCUAAUACAAUGAAGAAUAAAUACUGUUCAUAUCUUAAAGGAGUCCAAAACAGCCUUAAGAAAUAAAUAAACUAUGGAGGUACAUACAGGUGAAUAGAAAUGUCUGCUAAUUAGCUUAGAUAACGUGAGACAUAGCUCUUCCCCAGCCCUCCAGAUCCCAGGGUAAGCUUUUGUAUGUCAUAAAUCGCUUGUUAUUCACUUUUAGGAUCUCACUUCAUCUCUCCAUUGCUUUUCUCUCUGCUUUAUUCCGUGCAGCGAUAACUGGAUAAACCCUCCCCACGCUGUUUACCGAUUUAGAGUCUGGUGUGGGAGUCUAGCAAAGUGUGCCGUGAGGCUUCUGUCCGUUCUUUAAGUCCUUGUCAUUGGUUUUUCACCAGCGAGCUGGCAUCGGGAUUGCCUUUCUUCAGAAGGCUGCCAUGUUUGACCGGGCCUAGUCACAAAUCCUGAGUUCCACCGAGUGCUUUUUAUGUUCUUCAAAUAGCAUUUCCUUGUUUGGGUUCUAGGAAGAAUGGCAGAAAACUCUAUCAACAAUGUUCUUGUUUGCUUGGUUUGGUUUUCCCCUCACCUUCUACUUGUACCCUUUGGAACGCAGUGAAAUAAAUAUUCUGAAUAGAUAAUUCA